AUGCUGGGAGAUGAAAGGAUCGAUAUCGAUGAUCAUUCAAGAGUGAGGUUGCAGCUGUUGGAUGGGGACCCUCACUCUGACUACAUCAAUGCAAAUUACAUCGACGGGUACCACCGGCCUCGCCAUUACAUUGCAACUCAAGGGCCGAUGCAAGAGACAGUGAAGGAUUUCUGGAGAAUGAUUUGGCAAGAAAACUCUGCAAGUGUUGUCAUGGUCACCAACUUGGUGGAAGUGGGCAGGGUAAAGUGUGUUCGAUACUGGCCAGAUGACACAGAGGUCUAUGGAGAUAUUAAAGUCACAUUAAUUGAGACAGAACCAUUGGCAGAGUAUGUCAUACGCACAUUUACUGUACAAAAGAAAGGCUACCAUGAGAUCCGAGAGAUUCGGCAGUUCCACUUCACCAGCUGGCCGGACCAUGGGGUUCCUUGCUAUGCCACCGGCCUCCUGGGCUUCGUUCGUCAAGUGAAGUUUCUCAGUCCCCCAGAAGCAGGACCCAUUGUUGUGCAUUGCAGUGCUGGGGCUGGGAGAACAGGGUGCUUUAUUGCCAUCGACAUCAUGCUUGACAUGGCAGAGAACGAAGGCGUGGUAGAUAUAUUUAACUGUGUGCGAGAGCUGCGAUCCCAAAGGGUCAAUCUGGUGCAGACGGAGGAGCAGUAUGUAUUUGUCCAUGAUGCCAUUUUGGAGGCAUGUCUUUGUGGCAACACGGCCAUUCCAGUUUGUGAGUUCAGAUCCAUAUAUUACAACAUCAGCAGACUAGAUCCACAGACGAAUUCCAGCCAGAUAAAAGAUGAGUUUCAGACUCUCAAUAUUGUGACACCGCGUGUUCGGCCAGAAGAUUGCAGCAUUGGUCUUUUGCCAAGGAACCACGACAAGAACCGCUGCAUGGAUGUGUUGCCCUUGGACCGGUGCCUACCCUUCCUCAUCUCCGUGGAUGGUGAAUCAAGUAACUACAUCAAUGCUGCACUCAUGGAUAGCCACAAGCAACCUGCUGCCUUUAUUGUAACCCAACACCCUUUGCCCAACACCGUAGCAGACUUCUGGAGGCUGGUGUUUGAUUAUAACUGCUCCUCUGUCGUGAUGCUGAAUGAGAUGGAUGCAGCACAGCUCUGCAUGCAGUACUGGCCAGAGAAGACAUCCUGUUGUUAUGGCCCAAUUCAAGUCGAGUUUGUUUCAGCAGAUAUUGAUGAAGAUAUCAUCAACCGGAUAUUCCGGAUCUGCAACAUGGCCAGGCCUCAGGAUGGGUAUCGCAUCGUUCAGCACCUGCAGUACAUUGGCUGGCCAGCAUACAGGGACACCCCGCCUUCCAAACGCUCCCUCCUGAAGGUGGUCAGGAGGUUGGAGAAGUGGCAGGAACAGUACGAUGGGAGAGACGGACGGACUGUUGUCCACUGCCUGAAUGGUGGGGGACGCAGCGGCACCUUUUGUGCCAUCUGCAGCGUGUGUGAAAUGAUUCAACAGCAAAAUAUCAUUGAUGUGUUCCACAUAGUCAAAACGUUACGGAAUAACAAAUCCAACAUGGUGGAGUCACUGGAACAGUAUAAAUUUGUAUACGAGGUUGCACUGGAAUACUUGAGUUCCUUUUAGCCCAGUGGAGGGAGAGGAGCCUCUGAAAUGCCAGACCCCGAUCUCUGGCAGACGCUUCUCCCCUCUCCCACACUGGAAAGCAGGAACAAGUGUGGGAAGGAAAACCUCUCCUUCCUGGAGCAAGAGACUGAGAUUGCACAGACCCUGCUGGAAGGAGGAGACGAUGCCUGUGUUUGCUGCUGCCUGCUUUCUAUCGGAACAUCUACCGCUUCUUCAAUAACCUACUGUAAAAUUUAGCAAAACAGGAGACAGGCUGAAAGACUGGACUUCCUAUUCCCCUCUGACUUCUUCUCUCCUCUUUUGGAUUGUAUUUUUGCUCUCUUUGCUGCAGAGUGGGGAGGGAAACCCUUAGGAAACUCUGUUAAAUGUCUCCUUUUUAAUUUAUAAUUUUUUUCUCAAAUCCCAGUCUUUAUUUUAUUUUUUUAUUUUUUUUUUAAUUUCGUACAGCAGUCAUUUGGGAAAAAUUCGAUAGCCAUAGGGGAUAUAUGAAACGUUUCAUGACAAUUUGUCUACCUUAUCUAUUUCCUUUUAUUUGUUUUUCCAAAUGAAAAG